AUGACGGUGAAUCCCAAGUGCAAGGUUGCACUCGUCGGGGAAGCAGGAUGUGGCAAGUCAUCCUGUAUGGCCUUGCUGCAACGUCUUUAUGACCCAGAUCAUGGCAGCAUCCGCCUGGAUGGAGUUGACUUGCGUGAGUACAAUGUGAAUGCCCUGCGUUCUCGUGUAGUGAUUGUGGACCAAAAGCCAGUUUUAUUUGCCACCUCCGUGCGCGAAAACAUUACUUACGGUCUGCAGCAUGACGUUAGCGAUACUUGGACCGUUCCUGGUGUGUUUUUGUCGAUGUUUUUGAAGGUUUAUGGUCUAGGGUUUCGGGUUUGGGGUUUAGGGUUUAGGGUUUAA